AUGCUAGGUACUCAAAUCGGCGUAUCAUUAUUCAAAGUCAUUUGGAAAAGCUUUGGGAUAUUCAUAAGACGUAAAAUCGAUCCAGCAACUGCUGAACACCAUCGCCGAGUCUAUUGGGGCUCUAAAAAACCAGAACUACGUGGUCAAUCAGUGGUAUCCCAUCUUGCUUCAUUUAUUUCAGAAAAAUGUCGAUAGUCAGCUUCGCGCUCAAUGGGACCUACUUGUCGAUACCAGCGACGAUCCCAGUGUAACUGUCUUCAUUACCUUUUUGAUUAAAUUCUGUAAUGCAACGCUCGCUGGCCAGCCCGGAGGUGGGCGCGAAAAAUUCUUGAAUAAAUUUCAACCAAAGCGUUACACUCGACACAACCAAUGCAAAGUUCUAAUACAUCAAUACAUUAAGACUAUUCAGAAAAUAAAAGACCAUUUACUUGUCAAGUUUUUAAGGUGAAACCUGGUCACUUACUGAUAGAUUGUACAGUAUUCAAGGAAAAGUCACUAAAAGAAAUAUACCAGAAAAUUGAAGAGUUAAUUCAUUGUUUUUUGUGUUUCAUCAAACACAUGGUCACACUAUACAAACACAGUAAGCUAUGUUCUGAAUGUGGUGGUCGUCAUCACACUUCGUUACACUUCAACACCUCUAAUUCUGACUUACAGUUACCGGUAAUGAAUGCUUUAUUCUCUUUGGCAGAGAACUACCCUUAUCGUCCCAAAGUGUUGUUGUCCACAAUAACCGUUCUCAAACACGAUGCGAGUGGCCAUUAUCAUGAAGCCCGAGCCUUGCUGGUUGGUGGAAACCAGUGUAGUUUCAUGACAGAGCACUGUUAGCUACGAUUAGGUUUACAACUACAAGAAUGUUACGUAGGAGUUCAAGCUAUGGCUGGUAUACAGGUACCUUCGAUCGGUACUUUAAAGAGGUAAUUUUUUGAUUUUUCCGGGAGUUCUUCUAGCUAAUUUGAAAAACCGGAAAAAACAGGAAAAGCGAAAAUAACGUAAGAAAAAUGGGAAAAUCAUUUGACAAAGCAUCACUAUCAACUUAACUCCGCUCAGAAUCGUUUUUUCGUAAGCAAUGGUUUAUCACUACUUACAGAUAUACAUUAUACUAUCUAUAACUGUGGCUGCACUCGUCCCCAUUAUUCUAAGACGUCUUUUUUAUAAUGAAAUUUCAGAUUAUGUGUUUAGUUAUCACUAUUCAAUAAUCGUAGACGUGUAUCGUUGCACACCCCGUAGUCCGUGGACUGACCAUAUUUACUAAUUUUGAGCUUUAUUCAAUUAAAUGUUAACCCGUGACCCAUGAGAGAUGAAGAGUUGUUACAGUAAAUGAACCAAUAAAUCAAACCAACCGGUGACCACUAACCGUCACAUUAGUUAUCACUGCCUUAGUUUCGAGGUUUAUCAUAAUAGUGAUAUUAAGAUUUUUAACUGGUUAUAAUGAUGUCAUCAUUUAUUGUAAAUAGUUCUUGGGUCAUUUUUUUGUGAUUUUCUACCUAUGUAUAAACAAUAAUGUUUUCAUAAAACAUACAUAAGUACCUAUCUACUUACCUAGAGAGUAAACAAUGUGAUUUUUAACGAAUUUAUAUUUUGCAUUCAUUUCCUUAUUUUUAGGGAGAAGGGUAUUUAAGUGGUAGUGAUUUUACGAUGGGAGGGGGCGAAAAGCCAACUAUAUGGACCACUCCGUAUACCGAUGUAAUUUCAGUAAAAUUUCGUCUAAAAAAAAAAAAAAAAGCCGCUAUUAUACCUUUGAAAUGCAUAUGAUUUUGCAGGGCCCUUUCCAGUAAAACGUUGAAAUUCCACUAGGUACAGGAUUUAAGGCCAGCUUAAGAUAUAACAUAACGCUAGGUUUUUUUUAUAGCACGUCCGACGAAUAUGUAUAUAAUAUAAUAUAUUAUAUAACUACUAGUAAAACAGGUACUUAUUUAUAUAGUUUCAGUGUCUCGGAGGAGUGAAUGAUCCGUUUGCCAUGUGGUAUUUUUCUUAAUUUUACGUAUAUAUUUUAUUAUAUAAUAUUCUUCAAUUGACACUGUUAACGUUUUAGACCGGCCAACCUUGAGUUUUUCUUUCACCGCGCGUGUGUACAGUUCAGCUGGCGUUCAGUCGGUGUUCGAACGUUGUCAAAAUAAAAAAACGCUCGCCGCCGACCGGAUUACUCGUAUCUACAUAGAAUAUUAUUAUUUCGAAUAGGUUACCUGCCUAAUAUUAAUCCUAACGAUCCGAUUUCGCGUCUUGUAAAUUAUUUAUACAUUUUCCGUUUGCAUUUCAUUGUUUACCGUUAAAUAAUUAUAUCAAUAGUUCUCGAUGCAAUUUAAUGCGUUCGAAUAUUAUUAAACGAAAAUGUGUCCAAUACGUAUACAAUAAUAACUGCGACAGUAAUUUGAACUGAAAAAUCAAGUGUAUUGUUUUAGGCGAUCCGGAGAAUAUUAUAAGGUAAAUAUUUCAGACGCUAAUAGAAUUAGAUUUUUUUCUAUUAUUUUAUUAUUUUAUUUUUAUUAACAAAGAAAUCUUGCUCCAAUCAAAAAAUUACAAGAGAGCGUUAUUGUAACAUUACAAAAUCUAACUAGUGCACCGAGGACGUCGUUUUUUUUUUUUUAUUAUUUGCCUUGUAGUUUAGUUAGAGAAAACUUAGAAAAACAGAAAAGUUUAUGGCAGCAGCGGUUUCAUUAUUUUCGAUUUAGUUUUUUUGUAGCAAUUCGAUUAGAAAUAAUCGUAAAGAGCUGAUAGUUUAAAAAUUCACACAACACCCUAUUAAUAUUUCGUCUUUUUCUAGGCGUGAUGACAUUUCCAACAUAUUCUGGAGGUUUUUUAGUUAUUUAUAGGUAUUUGGAAUUUUUUAGUUUUUUUUUUUUAUUUGAUUUUAUGUGGAUACAAUUACUUUUUAGAAUUUAGGCUGAUAAAAGGUUUAAAAAUUAAACACGAGUUUCAUCAUACAUGAUAUUUUAUGGUAAAAAAAAAGUGUUAUUUAGUUAUUAGGUUUUUUUUUUUUUUUUUAUAAUCAUUUUUAGUUCAAAUGUUUCUACUUACAACUGUAUCAAAUCCAUGAGUGGUAUCUUUUAGUUUUUAUUUUUAAUUUAAAUUUUAACGGCAGCAUCUAUAAAAAAAAAUAUCGUAAUAUUAUAUUUUCUCUGUACUUUAUAUUUUGAUGAACAAUAAUUAUUAAAUAAUAAUACAUCUUCAUUGCAUAAUACCAUAUAUUUUAAUGUGUUUUUUUUUUUAAUUUUACUAUAAUAUAAUGGUGAUAAGAGAUAUAUAAGAGGUUUCAACUCGGUAGAGAGCAGUGGUAGCAUUUAUAUUUCUUUUAAAAUUAAGUGAUUUUUUUUCUACUGAUAUGAUUAGUUAAUUGGCAAUCAAUAAAUAUUAUUAUCAAUAAUUGUGUCUAAAUACGGCAACUAGAACUUCUAAAAUAAUAAUACUGUGUAACCUAACCUAACAUACAGUUGAAUACUAGCAGACGUGUUUUAAACAAAAUUUUUUGAUAUUAUGUAGUUUUCCUUGUUUGUAAUAACUCGCGAUGCGUUAGAGUUGCACCUGUACAAAUAGUUAAGUAGGUUUAAUCGAAGUAAAAUAUUACAGUUUGUAGUUUCAGUUUAACCACUUGUUGUAUACCGGUAUGUUUUUAUGUUACGCUUUUCACCAGCACGUUUCAAAAUCGUUUUAAUUCAACAGAUUUGCUAUUUGUAAUUUGCAUGUUAAUCAUCUAGAAUAUUAAUACUGACAAAAUUUACGAUAAUAGGUGAAACUCCAAAUGCACUGGAAAUGCUUAUUCCCGUAAUAGUUUUAUAUUUUAUUAAUUUUUAAAAAAUAUGAAAUUCACAUGCGCAUUUUACACUAGUAGAUUGUACACGUACCUAUAGGUACUUACUGUAAUAACAUUUUUAACAAUGAAUCUAUCUCCUCAAUAUUACCUCCCCUAUCCUCAAUAAUCAAUUAACUUGCGUUUUUACUGGUUGAACAGAUUCGCCUUAAGUUAUAGAAUACCUUAUACAGGGUGUCCCACAAAGAUAUGAUCAUUCCGACGUCUUGAAAAGUAUUAUACUAUUUUCGUAAUGUUUUUUUUUUUUUUUUAUGUAUUAAGAAACAAAUAGCUCUUAAAUUUUACAUUAUUAUUAUUGUUUUUCGCUUUACGAGCGUAGGGGGUGAUUAGCGGAGCGCUAUUCAAAACGCCUUUGCGCCAAACGAUUUUUGCCAUCACACAAACAAUUCUCCAAAUGGUACUUUCCAAGAUAGAUUUUAUAGUGAUUGUAAAUUCGCGGGAUAUCCUGUAUACGAUUUUAUUGAGUGUGUAUGAUUGUUUAUUAUUAAUACGAAGGAGUACCGUUAUAUUGACGGAUUGUACUAUUCGAAUAUCGAAUUGAACCGAAUUAUUCAGCCAUUAGCCCGGUUGGAUAUCCAAAACGAAUCUUGAACUAUUGUAUACUAAAAUAUUGAACGUGUAUAUGUUUACAAUAAAUUUGUUAUAUAUUCGCAGAAGAAUUCAAUUUCCGGGAAACGUAAUUUGGACAUUUGGAGGGAAAAAACCGGUAGAAAUGGAAAAUUGGUUGAAAAUAACACUAUACGUUAGUUUAUUUGCGUGUUUUCGAGACUUUCGUCCAGUGGAUUCGUUUUACACUUCGUAUUUAACAAGUCCAGCUGUAAAUUUUACUUCUGAACAAGUAAGUAAUAAAUUAUUUUAGCAAUUAACAUAUUGAGCACCUGUUAACUCAAUAGAUGUAGUAAAUAUAUGCGCACUCUGCACUCAGUAGAAAAAGUUCGAAUUAUUCUAAAUAUUUUUAAAAAAAAUGCAAUUGAACUAUAUUUUGUAGCUUAAUGUUCUGCUUUUAUACAUACUUAGAUAUAUUAGUUUUAUAUUUUUUAAAAAGUAAUAAAUAUUAUUAAAUUGAUUUUUUUUUACCAUUUCAAUUUGUUUUGGAUAAAGUAAUUUAUUUGAAUCUUUAUAUUUAUUAGGUGUCAAGAGAAAUAUAUCCUAUUAACUCGUAUGCGACUACAAGUCUAGUAGUUAUUAUGUUUCUUAUCACAGACUAUCUCCUCUACAAACCUAUUGUGAUGUUGGAUGCGUUCAGUUCGAUUAUUAUGUUUUUAUUAGUAUUGGAACCGGUCACGCUUUUCAAGUCAAAAGUAAGUCAUAGUUUUAAUCUUUAUACGUUGAGAACACAUUGAUUUAAACUUCAAUGUUUCAUGGAAAUUACAAAGAAUGUGCAUGUUACAACAAAGAUUAAUUUAAUUCGCAAUAAAGAUGAUUUUCAGACAAACAUGAUACAGAUUUAGUUUUGAACGAUUUAUUGUUUGGACCUUUUAUCUUACAUGCCUGAAUAAUUUAAUUUAUUAUUUAAGUUUUCAUUGUUCAAAAGAAGCAUUCAUCUUUCAUUCAUCCAAAUGAAUUUAUUUGGUAUUUGGUCAAUAUUGUAUGUUAACCAAUCGCAUUUUGUCUUAAAACAAAUAGCAUAAAACAUAAUAAAACAAAUUGUGAAAAAAAAAAAAUUUUAUUUUAAGCCAUUUUAAUGGCCUAAAAAUUCGUUUAAUCUACCAAAAAAACGACUCAGCAAUAUUUGCGUUAACGUAGUACUUUUAUCUAUCAUAAACGUAACUGAACACGUUUACUAUUAUGAUAAUAAUUAUUAUUUGUAAACGAACGUUGAACUUAAACGUGAGUAAAUAUAAUGCAUGAACAAGUUUUUUGAAAGGAAAUGUACAGAAAUUGUGCAACAAUAAUUAUUAUCACAAUAAAUUAUAAUACAGUUAAGAUUAGAAAAACUCAUUUCCAGAUUAGUAUGGUUUUUUUGGGUCUUACGUCGGCUUCCGAAUUGGCGUACACGUCGUACGCGUACGCAAAGAUCACCGACCGGAAAUUGUAUCAAAAGAUGACGGGCGUGAUCAGAGGCUCGAAUCUUUUGGGAAAAUGCGUAUCGUCUACGUUCUCUCAGAUCGCCAUCUCUUACAUGCACCUCGACUACAGCUUACUUGUAUAUCUAUCGCUGAUGGGUAAACAUAAUAUUUAUCUAAAGUAAUUUACGGACCAUCCAGUAUAACAAAAAAAAAAAAAUCGAUCGUGGUAUGAUUAUGUGUCGAAGAUGCUUAUGUCAUAGGACACCGGUUCAAGUUAGGUCCGAUGAAACACGAAACCACUCCAGGUAUCCAGGUACCUGUAGUACCUACAUGUCAAACACGUGGUUUCUCAUAUUUCAUAAUUUUAUAACUCAUAACUAUAAGUCAUAUAGCCAACAAGCCCCUUUGUGCUAACUGCUAAGCCGCUGUAUCAAAGAACGAAAAUAUUUGGAAACUGAAAUGAACAGUCGUCAAAGCCAAUGGCGGUUUUAUGGCUACUCUACCUUGGGCCGUGGUUUUAUACAAUUUUAUUUUUAUUUUUCAACCCUAAUUAAGAUAAAUAUAAAUUUAAGUACAAUUAUAAAAAAAACGUGAACAUGUAAACAUUGAUGUUAAUAUUCUAUUCUAUUAAUAUGAUAUUCAAUAUUGCAGUACUAGAAAUUAAUAUUAAUAUUAUGGGCAUUAUAUUAUUUAUUAAGUUGUGAAAAAGACUUUAUACUGCUGACGAAUGUACAACUGUCGUGGAUGGGAAAUUGGGAAGAAUGGGUAUUUAUCUGUGUCCUGUGAGUAAUAAUAAAUUAAUGCUAAUGAAAAACAAUUCUAAGCGAAAAUCGAUUAAAUAUGUAUUGAAAUACUGUGUUUUCUACGACUUUCGUCAAAAUAUUAACAUUAGACACUUAUUCGACAAAACUUCUAUAUGGCACUCGAUAUUUUUUUUUGAACACUAAGUACAAUUGAAAAUUAACUCCGAGUAAAAUAAAAUUUUCAUAUAAUUUAGCCUAAACAAUUAUAUCCAUAUCUACUCUCACUCGACCCAGACUUAAAAGUGGAAUAUCCCGUCAAGAGGAUUGACGGAAAUUAAAAAUGUCAACACCAAAAUGUAUGUUAACUAAUACUCAAUCUAUUUAUGGAAUUUUUAGUGUAGGUUGCUGUUUGAAAAUCAAAAGUAGGUAGUCAUUUCACCCCCAAAAUUUAGGAUGAUAACAAAUAAUUUUAAAAUUAUUAAUUAUAUAAGCAUUGCAAUUUAAAAUUUUACUUUUAGCAGUAUUAAGCUGAAGCAGAAAGCUGCUUGUUUCUUAAAUUUCCUAAAGAAACAGAUCCCGAAUAAAGUUAAUACUUUCUGAGAUAAUGAAUGUUUAACGAUAAAAUAAUUACCCAGUUUAUUUGCUUCGUAAAAAUAAAAAUUGUAUUUCUUCCGUGUUGUUACAUACACCCGCGUAAUGUUGUUCCAGUACGUUACUCGCAGUCAUUAACUAAAAACAUAGACACAAUAGACUAGACUAACAACUUUUGGGCUGCUAAAAUUAUAAACACAUCUAAAACUCACGAGGACUUUGCCCUUAUAAUCCUCUUUACGGGAUUCUUAUAAUAAGCAACUAGACAUUUUAUUUAAAAUUUUUUACACAGCAAUUCAUCAUAAUAUCUACUUUAACAUUAUUUUGUAUAUACACCUGGAUAGUCUGUCGAAAAUCGGUAUUUUUUUUCUGCUCAUUAAUUAUAAAAUACAUGAAUGAAAUGCUUAGUCAUUCCUAUGAAAAAGCAUAUUUAAUUUUUUUGGGGGUACUAAUUUUAAACUUGGGUGUGCUUAAGUCCCCACAGCACUGCCCUAGUUGUACCCAUGGCUAAAAAUCAAAAGCGGUGAAAAUAAUUGAAAUCGAGUAAAUUACCGGGCUAGGCUUAGCCUAUCAUCUUACGUUAGAAACGAAGUUAUAUUAUCUACAACGCACAAAACAUGAGUAUACUCCACUUGAAAUCAAUCCAGAACUUUCUUUCACACAAAUUCCCUUUACAGAUAACAUGCUCUUACAAAAUAGAAAUGGGGCGUUGCACAACUGCUACUGCAAACCUGACAAACGUAACCCUCCCGAGACCGUUGGAUUGGGUCCCGCUAACUGAACCCCGACAUUGAACCACAUACUCUCUCAACAUCCCAAAUCAAUCAUAUCACACACACACUAUUAAAGGUCGACCCAAGAUUAAGUGAAGCAAUGUAUAAGAUAUUUAAAAUGUUAUAUAUCUGUACCUAUGAAAUUUAUUUUGGAGAAAAUAAAUCAUUAUUGGGGAUAUAUAAUUAGAAAACUUGGUUAAUUUAUGUUACAUAAAUCGAUAUAAAGGAUAGAAAUAAAUUUAAUCGAUGAAUAUCAAAAACUUAAUGUUGUUAUUUUGAUAAAAGUAAAGUUAGAAUAUAAUACGAGUUGGAACUAAACUAAGCAAAUUGAAUCCCGUGCGCACAAAGUUCAAGAAACACACAUAACAAGUAUUCAUCAUUUUAUUUUAGACUUUAUCAAAAAAAUGGGUAUUUCGAUGAUCAAACUCAAAUUUGGUUUAUUUUCGUUAAUUUUAACAAUAAACAUUGAAUAAAAAAAUUUUAACUAAAGUAUUUUAUUCAUAACAAAUUAAUUAAUGUUGUACGUAUUGAUUUCAGGUUCAAUCAUGGCGUUUGUAGUAACAUUUUUUUUUCCGUCUGUGCAUUCAAGUGUCUAUUUUUAUCCCGAAAGUCCAAUCUCAGCCACGAAACACAAAAAUUAUAAAACAAUAGAUGAUAAAUCGCACAAGGUAAAUAAUAUAUAAUUGUAUUUGUAUGAAGUUUUCAUUACAAAAUAAUUGUAAAAACACUAAUGACAACAAAUAAUGCACACAUAUUCUACGGACCUUCGGGGGAAGAGGGAUAAUCACUUCAUUCGCAUAACCCUACCACUGAAGGAAUAUGUUUUUUCUAAUUCGUGUAUAGUAUAUAUAUAUAUAAAGGUAUAUACAUUAUAACCAAAUGUUAAGAUUUUAUAAAUACAUUAGAUUCCAUGCACAGCGUGUUCUCUCGUUUUUUUUUUUUUUUAAAUUAUAGCGAAAUUGCUUUUAUUUUGGUUAUUAUGCCAAAGUCGAGUAUAUAUUAUGAUUUAUUUGUUAGUAAACAAAUAUUAUAAUUCCAGUGAUAUAUUCACUUAAAACAUUUUAAAAUAAUCAGUAGAAAAUUAAUUGUGUUUGCCGAGUAAAUAGACUACAUACGUAGUUUAAAUUGUAAAUACUGAUUGAGAACAUGCAAAAUUAAAAAUAAACAGAACACCCGCCUAAUUUGUAGUUAUAAUUUUUAAACUCGUUUAUUUUAAAUAGUUUGGCAUGUUAGUGACGUGCAUAGGGGAAAAGGUUGUAUAUCCCCCCUCCCCCAUUGGUAUAAAAAUACUUAGGAAACCAAUAAUCAAUAGAUUUAAUAACGUCAUCUUGAAAUUAUAUAUUUCAUCUAAGUUAUGAGGAAAAAAUAUUAUUUUUCAAAUACGAAUUGACGUUUUGGAUUCGGUUUUAAAAUUCCCAUUAUCCGUUUGGGUACAACAAAAGUAGAUCCUACAAUUUAUUUAUGAAACGUGAUUAAUAUUUACUAACUUCCAACCAGUUGAAAAUUGCUGGGCAUUGUUCGGUUAUGACACAUGUAUUAGGUAAAUUUUCAAAUCGAAGACAUCUGAUUAAAAAUAUUAUUCUACGCAUAUUUUUGUGUAUUGACAUUUUAUUCUGAACAAUAUUUUCCAAUUUAUUAGAAUUUCAAUAUUGCAUUUGUUUUUUUCAUUAAAAUAAUAAUUAUUUUACCUGUAGACGCACAAGUACACACAUAUUUUAUUAUAAUAUGAAGUUAAGUUUACUAACCACCGGUAAAAUAGUUGUGAUUCACGUAUUUUAAUAUUCUUAAAAAAUAUUCAUAAGUCGUUGUCUAAAAAAAAAACAAUUCUUAUCCAUUUUUUUUUUUUUUUUUUUUGAUAACCAAAAUGAUAAAAUCGAUGUGAUAAAAUUUAACGGUGUAUGCUUUGUAUAUUUGGUAAUGAUUUCCUCCUACCCUUAUCUCCAGUAUAUCAACUAUAGCUGUGUACCAUAUAAAUAAUUAUAAUAAACCGUAUCACAUAUUUUUUAGCCGCUUGUUAAGUUGUUUACAGUAAUACGAUGUCCAAGCGGAAACAUACAAAUAAAAUUAAAAACCUGUUUAAAUUAUGAAAAUGAUUUACUUUCAUACAAAACUGUAUUUAACUGUUUUCUCUCGUUAAUUCUCAAUAAAUAAUAAUGAAUUUUUGUACUAAUGUGCAUUGAUAUUAAUAAACAAAUCGUGUUGAUAAUGUUAAUACGGUUAAGUCUUUUACCGUCUCGAUAGAACAAAAUACAAGAGUGAAAUAUUAUUGGUAUUUAUUAGAGAAAGAAAAAUGUUGCUGUCUUUGGUACGUUAAUACUGAUAAAACAUUUUAUGUUCUUUAACUGAAUACUUAAUUAAGAUAGGCAAGUAUACCAUACACUUUAAUCUCUUGCAAUUUUUAUUAACCUUAACUACUAUAAUUAUAACUCUAAUCUAUUAAUCGUAUAUUCAUAAAUAGUAUACAUUUAAAACGUAUGUUUCUGAUCAUUGCAGGUGAUUAGGUACAUAACAAAAUAAACGGGUCAUAUGUUAUACAAUUAAUACAAUUGUUAUGAACCUAUAUCUGUUAUUCAUUAAGUAUUUAUACUAUAGGUAAGCGUAAAAUUAAAAAUAAUAUACAAUUAUAAUUUGAUUAUACCUAUCUGAGACCCUAUAGGGAUAAUAAACGGUUAUUUUUUUUUUUUUUUUUUUACAUAAAAUAUUCUUUUACGAAACAAUACGAUUUAAAUCAUUUAAUAAAUUCGUCAUAUAGUUAGCCUUCAUUAUUCAAUAUGCUUAAUGAUGCUUACUGCAGACUAUUUACGUGUAAUAAUAUAUUAAUAAGUACAUACGUUCACCUCCACACUACAUGUAAUAAUAUUUCUGGAUAAUAAAAUUGAAAAUACAUUAUAGAAAAUGUGUACAUUCAUAACUUUAGGCGCGCUCUGUGAGAUAAGAUUAUAACUAAAACCAAAACCUAUGAUAACUGACAACACCACAAGAUGGUGCCAAACAUAUAAUAAAUCAUUAGUAUUACGUAACUUAUCUAACUAAGUUAUCAGCAAGCAUAAUCGUUUACGCGCUACUUGAAACGAAUUUUUUCAGCCGAAUAAAAGUGCUUGGCAAUUUCACACAAGUUUCGUCUUUAUUUAGUGGUCGAAAAAACAAAUUUAUCGUUAUGUUUUAUUUAAGUUCAAUUUGAUAGCAUAUUUUCAUGGUGUGUGUUGACAUUUUUUUUAAGCCAUAAUUACAUACAUAUAUUUUAAUAGGUUUUAAGACAGAGAAUUCUAUGUUCAUUCAAAUUAAAAUGUGCAAUAUAAAAAUAUUUUGAAUACUAAUCAAUAUCACUUACUGGGCGUUAAAACCAAUCAAUUGUGCCAGUUAACUUCACACGAUUUACGAUAAUAAUAAAUAUUUUUCAUUUAACGAUCUUCUCGAACCUAUUAUUACCAACACGAUUUUUAUCCGAUUUCCAUUGUAGCUUACAUUCGAGUUUUAGUUUUAUGUUUCAUUGAACAAAAUAUAUAGCAUAUUAAGUAGACGAUAAAUAAUAAAUAAAAAUUAUAUAAAUAAAACGAUAAAUAAUAGUAUUUGUUAUGAAUUUCUUACAGGUAGCAACUAAAUUAUAUUUUGAAAAGAAAUCGCCAACGCCCGUUCGGGUGGUGUUAAACCAAUUGUUCUUGGAAUUAAGGGACGUGUGCAAUAAUCCAUAUCUACUUAAAUACGGAAUAUGGUUUGGCUUUGCUACGGGCAUAUAUUUUCAGGUAAAUGUGUUUGAACUAUAAAAUUGUAUUUAUCGAGAACAGUGGCAUACUCAGCAUUUCCAAGCGAGAGAGGAUCUGAAUAUAACUAGUUGUACAUAAAAAAUAAUUAAACAUGUAUUAUUUACAUGUAAACAUUGAUGCAAUUUACCUGUAUACUCCUUCAAACAAUACAUCCGCUGUUGGUAAACGGAAUAAGGAUAAUAUUACUGGAAGUCUAUAAUGCAUGAAUGAAUCAUUCAAAAACAAAAGGUCAUGGGAGAAGGGCAUUGUAGCAGUUCUUUGUUUUCUUUUGAUUUUGUAUGUUUUAAAGGUUGAAACCUAAUACAGUGAAACCUGUACACAACGGAUAGUUACGGGACCAUAAGUAGUGUCCGUUGUAGACUGGUGUCCAUAAUAGACAGGUACAAGAGGUGGCGUUGCAAAAAUUAAGCAAAAAUUAAAACGAACGGAGGAAAAUGUACAACACUAUAAUAGCAAGCAAUACGGAAUAAGCACUGAAUAGUUUUUACGUUUCAUACGUAAAGAUGUCCUCGCAAUUAACUUUAUCCUUAUUAUCGAACAUGUAAUCUAUCAUGACCGGUAUUCGAAAUAGACCGACGACACUGUUGCGUGGUAUGUAUGGUUGUAGGUAACAAUAUCCGAAAAAAAAAUGUCUGGCGGUAAAAAUUUCUGGCUUGUACACUAUAGGUGAAGCUAGAUAACUAACAACAAAAUCGAAGGAUGGAAUCUUAUGUUUUUCAAAUUACUUUCAUAUUUCCACCCACUUAUUAAUUGAAAAAAUGCAUUUGGAGCUGGGAUUGACCAGUGCAAAAUAGAAAAAAGGGAAAAUAUCAAUCCAACAAAAAAAAAAUGUAUAACAAUUUUUUGAAAUCCAUUUCCUUAAAUUUAAUUAAUAUUGUAUAAUAGAGUAGAAUAAUAUAUUUUUUAAUCAAUUUUAUCAUUGCCAUUUUUAUUACUUUUAAGACCAAAAUUAAAACGAUUAUUACACCUAUCAAUAUUAUUGUUACGUAUUAAAAUUGUUCUUAAUUUAUUAUUUAUAUUUAAAAAUUAUAAUUAUAUAGGUGUUAUAUUUUUAAUACUUCCGGACAUUUUUACCGUUUUUCCCCGGACAUUUUUCCUCGAACAUUUUGCUAAAACCCCGGUAUGUGUGUACACGUCUGCGACAUAUUUGAUUUUGAACUAAAAUAGUUGUCCGUUAUCAACGUAUUGGGGGAAAACAUUACUGGGCACGUGCCUGUAAAAGAAAGAGUUAUAGACAGGUCAAAAUGUAUUGGAAUGCCUAUCUUUUUGCCGAAACCUUAUUAUUUUGUCCGCCGAGAGAGGUGUACGUUAUACACAGGUGUCCGUUAAGACAGGUUUCACCGUAAAACUAAUUCAAUAACCCAGUAGCUUUGUUCGGCGUGAAACAUUUGUUACAAUCGAUUAUAUUAUUAGGUUAUUAUGAGCUAUUUUCCACACGACACACGUAACACACAAUUCAAUUACUAUAAAAUUAAGUCUGGAAAUACCUACUGCCAGAAUUAAAAUUACUUUUCGACAGAAUUACAGGUGCUGACUUACAAUGAUGUUUUGUACUUAAAAUUGAAUAACGAGGACCCGGUAAACAACAAAUUAUACAACGGUGGCGUCGACGCGAUAGCUUUUAUAACGGGUGAGUCAAUGUCAUUUUUACCAAUGUCUGGUUUUAAACAUCUAAUUUGGAAAUAAACAAAAUAGGUUCUAUAUUAGAACAGAUCAUACAGUCUGCAUAAUAUUUAUAAUAUGGCUUUGAACUAUUAAAUUUGAUAUCAACAAAGAAGAGUUAAAAUAGUUUUUUUUUUUAAAUGAAAAAUAUUUUUUAAGCAAUGGUUUAACGUUGCGUACGACUGAUAAUAUCAAUUAAGUUAUGUAAUUGUACAAAUUGAUUUUUUUUUUAUCAUGAACCAGCAAUAAACUCGGUGGAUUUUAAGUGAGUUUUAUUUCUGUUUGUUGUAAUCGUUGUGGAAUCGUGGGUAUAGGCUUUACUUUAAAACGGUUUUAAAUUUUUUACACAUACCCCAACUCCAUACGCCUUGAAUAAUAAUACUUUUCACAUAGAAACCCCAUUUUAAACAGAGAUUCGAAUAGAGAAUAUUUUUUUAGAUUCUGAGAUUCUUAAUGGAUGAGGAGAAUGGUUUUACAAUGAUAUUUAUUUUUUUUUUCCGUGGACAACUUUUCUACCAGUAAUUUUGCUCAAAUUUACAAUAAUGAAAUUUUUUCUAAAAGAAAAUUUAAUCUAAGGGGUACUUUAAGAAGGUCGUGUAUUGAUUUUCCCAGGAUUUUUCCCAAUAAAUGGUAAAGCUUGCUUUAAAGGUAAAAAUCGGGAAAAAACAGGAAAAAUGAUACAAUAUUAGACAAAUAUUAUUAAAGAAACUGUUUAAUGCAUACAUAAUUAUUUAACCAAAAUAUGAUAUAUAUAUAUAUUAUUGACAAAGUAACACUAUCAACUGAGCUCCGCUCAGAAUCGUUUUUUCGUUAGCAACAGUUAAUCGUUGCUUACAGAUAUACAUCAAAUUCCCAUUUAUAUUCUACCUGCCCAACUUUCUACUCAUAAUAGUGGCUACACCCGUCCCCAGAAUCCUAGAACGGUUUUUUACAAUUGUUGAUACUUGUUAUAAAUAACACUCUUAUCAAAUUUACCAUUUUAGUUUUUUUAUUUUUAACCGUUUAAAAUUUAGACCAGAAUGGUAGAAAAGAGUUAUUAAUUUAUUCUUUGAAAAUAGACAUGCAAUUUAUUCAUGUAAAAUGGUAAUAAAACAAAUAUAUAUUUAUAUAUAAAUUAGUUACUAGAUUUCAUUGUUUAAUCUUUAUUUUAAAUAUUAAGUGUUUUUAAAUUUUUGACAAAAUAGAAAAUACAUAAUAUCAGACCUGUAAAUGGGAUCUUAUCACCCCUGCAAAACAUCACUUUUUGGGACAUGCGUACACGUUUUUAUUAAAAGUUCUAAUUAGAAUAUUUUUUCUUUUUUUUCUUCUAGGGUCGUUCUCUUCAUACUACAUAGGGUUCCUGAAAGUAGAAUGGCAAUCGGCAAGUAACAUGUUCUUCUUCAUCGGUUCGUUGUUGUGUUGCACAUCACUUUGCGUCUGCUAUUACACAUCUUCAUUGAAUUUGGUGUAUAUCAUGUACAUCAUAUACUGUUUCAUAUUCCAAUCGAUGAACGUCGUUGCAAGGUAAACCAGAACGAGUACAUCUAAGUUUCAGAACUUUUUCAAUAUUCAGAGAUUGCCUGAUAGAAAAAUUCAGACCGGGAACCAGGAGCCAUAUAUUUGUUUUAUGUCUACUACAAGGCUCUAGCCGAAAAAAAGAUUCCCAACAUUUUUUUUUUUUUUUAUCAUUUUGUGAAAUUUGUCUUUCUUUUAAAAAAAGAUUAGGGGGUUUAGACUUCUGGAUGUCCCUGUAGGUACGGCUUAGAAUGUCUACGUUUCAAUAAUUAUAAAAAAAAAUUCAAAAAAUAAUUGGUAAUAAAACAGUAAAUUAAAAAUAAAAUUAUUAAAAUGGUUAAUACUCGUAAAUAAAUAAAGUAAAUAAAUAUAUACAUAAAAAAUGUGUAUACAAAAAUAAAAUGAUUAAAUGAAUGAGCGCGUCGCCUGGUGUGUAAUGAUAUGUGUAUUAUACGACCGGUUUCGAAUUAAAAAUUCAUCAUCAGGUAUAUCACAGACAAAAUAUAAAACGAAAUUUAUAUAUUUAUUUACUAUAUUUGAUUAGUUUUUGCUAUGGAAAAACUAUUCCAAGCCAAGUUCGGUUAUCAAUGUUUUGAAAGGCGUAAUAUUUAAGAUUUUCGUAAAAAUUUGAUACACAAAUUAUUGUAAAAAAAAAUUCUACAUUACAAACGAAUAUUUUUUUACCAUAAACUACAAUUUAUACUGAAUCUCCUAUUAAGUUUUCCAAUAAUUAUGUUUGUUCUAUCAAUUUUGACCACCGAGUAAGGAUUUCGUACCUACCAAAUAAAAAUGAUGAAAAAACUCGCAAAAUUAAAACGUUUAUAAAUAGCACAAAAAUUAUCAAAAUAUUUUGAAAAUUUUUUCCAAGUCUAGAUAGUUUUCGUCAAUAGUUUUCUGUUUAAAUUUCAAGUCUCUAUGAAAAAUUUAACUGAAUAAAGCAAAAUUAGACAUAAUAAAUUAUUUCGUACAUUUUAUCGUGUUUUCCCGGUUUUACCGUGAACCCUAGUAUAUGUAUUUACGUAUUUUACAAAAUAUUUCAUUUUUUUUUUUCAGAUCUGAAACAGCUAAACAUUUAAAGCACGAAAGUUUCGCCUUCAUUUUUGGUGUCGCCUAUUUCAUCUCUCUAGUCAUUUCGAGUGCACUGACAUAUUUAUUCGUUCAGGGAACUAUUUACGCGAUGCCAGUCAACGUACAAGUAAAUAUUUUAAAAUUCAUAUAUUUCCAUUUUUUUUUUUUUUUUUUUGUUUUUACGGACCUAAAAAUUAUACAUCAACGUAUAAUUUAUUUUUGGUCUUCGGACAUAUUUUUUUCCCCUUAGACAUUAUUUUUUCUUCCGAUAUUAUUUCCUAAAUCCAUAUUACGGGGUUUUAGUAAAUUUACAUCACCGCCUGCUGCAGCAAAGGUAUACUAAUGAUAAAUUAUCGUGUUCAUGGGUUUGAUUGUAAGAAUAAUAAAAUAUCACAUCAUCAUGAACAUGAGGCGGUAAUAUUAUAUUUCCGAACGGGCAUUUUGUCUCGGCUAUUGGAUACGCUAACGAAAUAAAUAUGAUAAUUUUUGAAACUGUCUAUUUCUAAAUACCAAUGUUUUUCAAUAAUUUUUUAAGAAAUUAUAACAAUACGAUCUCGUUUUUCACCGGGUAUUUGUGCGUAUUGUCCAUUUGGCGAUAGAUUCUAACCAAACCAAUAAAUGUCAAAAGUCAAAUAUUUCUAUUGCGUUUGAUUUGCAAAAAAAAAAAAAAGAAUAAUAAUAAUAUGUGAUCUGGAUUCUGUAGGGUACUCGUGUAUUAUUCGCAAUACUGUUAUAAUAUUAUGGGAAAGGGUAUUUUGGAAACGGUUUGAGAUUCAUUGACGGCAUUAGAUCGUACCUACCAUGGCAACACUCCUAGAACACGAAAAAAGUCGGAAUUUAUUCAAUAUUAUAUUACUGUUAUGCACGUAGACUUGACUGGAGUCUCUGAUUUCGGUGCGUAAUGCGUAAUAAACGUAUUAUAUAACAUUAAACACUAACAGAUAUUUUGAUUAUGAUCUUAUACUGAAAUAUGUAGGUAUUUUGAAGCAGAAAAUUAUAUUUUUUUUUAUGUACGUUUAUGCUUAAACAACAAAAAUAAAUAUUAAUGAAUAUAUAAUAAUAUAUUGUAUUUAAUUUUUAUUAUUACUCGAUUUUCUUUCGUGUACACGUGUAUAACAGUCGUUUUUUAAUACUGAUGUGGCGUAAUGGAUUUUUGUACUAUAUGAACACUUUGAAGUUGUAGCCGUUAAACGUUUUCUUUCGAAUUAAAAGCAAUAAAAUGUAUUAAAUUCAAAGUCAACCAAACCAAAUCUGUUUACCUAUCUACAUGCAUCUGGAUUUUAAAAUGUCAUGGAGGUUCACUGUUUUAGAUAACCAUAUACAGUUUUAUCAGAUAUAUUUCCCAUAGCCCCGGCUUGUCAAUCUCACGGGGGCCCCCGAGCCCCCUCUAAAUGGCGCUCCUUCCUACAUUUUUUCUUAAAAAAUUUCUUAUUUAAUAAACAAAUAAAAAUACUGUUAUCAACAUAGUUUUAGUUAUAGACUAAUCAUUAUUAUUAGCUCGUUUAAUAUAUUUAACGCAAUAUAAAUUUGUUGUUACGUUACCGAGUUAAAUUUCCGAAGAUAACCAAAGGAAAUUUGUUAAUUUAUUUUUAUGAUUAUUAUUUUUACAGUUUUUGUUCUACGGAUUGAUAAACGGAGGACUUGCACUUUGGUAUUUAUUUAGUAUAUUAAUAUCCAAAUGA